AGGUCCGUGCCGGCAUGCACUCAGGCCCGGUGGUGGCCGGGUGCGUGGGGGUCAAGAUGCCCCGCUACUGCCUGUUUGGCGACACCGUCAACACGGCGUCGAGGAUGGAGGCCUAUUCGCUCCCCGGGAAAGUUCACGUCACACGACAAACUUACAUCCUUCUGAAAGGUCGCAAUUACAAAUUCACUCAACGAGAGCAGCUCAACAUCAAAGGAAAAGGAGCCAUGGUAACUUACUUCCUGGACAGCGGACCCGCGGCCUGGGCAUCUUCUCAUGCCGUCUUGGAACCUCGAUCUCCCUCGGAUUCUAUACUUGAUGCUGCUGUCAACACUCCCAGCGCCCCAGCGGUGGAAAAAGGAAUCAAAAGUUCCUACGCCAGUUUGUUAUCCUUCCCUUCCAUGAUACACACCAGCUCCGCCGUUCACCCCGCCAUCACGGUGACCAAAUCAGCCGGGUCCGCCUCAAGUUCGACCGGCGAAGGUCAGGUGACUGUCAACUCACACAGAAGAUUGACUCGGAAAUUAUCACCAAAUAUCCGUUUUAACGAAUCGAAUGAAGUCAUAGCCGUGAAUUCCUGUUCGGAUAAGAUUUCGAAUCAGGCUCGUUCACCGGGGAGUGCGAACAGUGACCCGGAAAAGGUGUGCCUCGCUAACAAGCACUCUUGUGAUCUCUCAGUACUGUCAUCGGAAUUCUUCAUACCUAACGACAAUAAGAAUCAAGGGCAAUCUAAAAGUAAUCGAGCCAAGAAAUCUGUAAAUUAAGCUAUUCCGGGAAAAUGCGAGGAAACUCAGGCGAGG